AUGACGCCGCUCCAGCCCCGCACUCCCACACUCUCCUCGCACCUUGGUGACACCGCGCGACUGCGCGAGGUCAACGGCCUCGCCCUCUUACCACGGCCUCGCACUCCCCUCGCCCUUUGCCCCUUUGUCCUCCAGUUUUCUCAUUCGCCCGAGGAGCCUCCACGCGGACUGCGAGGAGACACCGCACAGCUGCGCGAGGUCGAUGGCCCCACUCUCGCACCACCGCUUCACACUCCCCUCGCCCUUUGCCCCUCCAUCAGCCAAAUUCAAAGGCAGGAUACCAUCGAGAUAAUGAGCAACAUACAGUAUCAUUACCUCGAUUUGGUUGACGCAGUUGUUCGGCAAGGCUCGUUCAUUGACAAGAUGUAUGCAUUUGGGUGGACUGAGCCGGGCUACUUCAAUGCCAAGGAGGACGAGCUCGUUCUGAUGCACGCUACGGCCCGCUACCAUGCAUGUGUACUGCCCACUCUACUGCGAGCAAAACCGACAUGCUGA